GCAAUCCCUUUCUGGUCUUCUAGUUUUCUUUUCAGGGUCGUAAGUGAAAUCAUCGCUCCGUCUCGAAACGCCAGUUCAGCGUCUUUCACGGCAACCUCCCUCGCAUGGCGCUUCUUGUGCCACCAGCGGUAGUGCGUGCUUUGCAUGGGUAGUGUAGCUUAAAAUAGUCAAGGAUAGAGUGUACGACUACUAGACUAGGACGAUAGUCUUAGGGUCAUGGGUGUCGACUACUAUGACGUCCUUAAUCUGGCAAAGGGAGCUUCUGAGGAAGAGUUGAAAAAGGCGUAUAGAAGGCUAGCGAUGCGAUGGCACCCGGACAAGAAUCCUGCGAAUAAGAACGAAGCCGAGGCCAAGUUCAAGGAGAUAACCGAAGCAUACGAGGUUCUGAGCGAUGCGGACAAGCGAGCAGUCUACGAUAAAGACGGCGAGGAGGGCCUCAAGGGACCGCCGCCGCCUGCUGGACCUACCCAGGGACACGCGCACCCGCCAAGCCACCCGGCUCAAGCGCAUCCACACACUCCCCAGGGCCACUCACACAGCAGCCAAACGCACGCGCAGCAUCCGCAGAGGCAGCAGAGCGAUCCGAACUAUCAGAAGCAGCAGCAGGACCACCAGAGUCAGAGCCACCCUCCCCCUCAGUCCUACCCUUCUCCGCAACCCAACCCCCCCGCGCAACCGCAUCCCGCUCCGCAAGGCGCGCCGCACCAGCCGUUCCCGUCGCACGUGUCGCACCCAGGCGCGAACAAGCCGGAGCACCCGAGAUUCAAGCCGCGAAAGGCGGAGGAGGUGUUCGCCGAGGUGUUCGGCAACACCCCGUUCGCAGCAGCCGGCCCUGACCCCGCCGCGGGAACACCCUACCGGAGCCCGAAGGUCAGCCCGCACGUGCCGACGACGCCGACGGACGGCCACGGGCCGCAAAUAGAGGGGCACACGUCGGAUUUGCCGUCUCCCGGGCCGAAGAAGGCAGUGGUUGAGAACCGACUGCUGUGCAGCCUGGAGGAGCUGUACUCGGGGUCGACGAGGAAGAUGAAGAUUUCGCGGAAUUUCAUCGACGCCACGGGCAAGGUAACUCCCGCGGACGAGAUCGUGACGAUUAGCGUGAAGCCGGGGUGGAAGAAGGGUACCCGGAUCACGUUUCCGGGGAAGGGCAACGCGGCCGACAUCGUCUUCGUCGUCGACGAGAAGCCGCACGAGGUCUACAAAAGGGACGGCCACGAUCUCGUCUGCACGCAGAAGAUCUCGCUGCUCCAGGCGCUCGCGGAUUUCCGCCUGGAGCUGAAAACCCUAGACGGGCGCACGCUGGUAGUGAUUCUAAACGACGUGAUUACGCCGGGGUACGAGAAGGUGAUUCCGAAGGAAGGGAUGCCGGUGAAGGAGAACGGCCGGAAGGGGAAUCUCAAGAUCCGAUUCGAUGUGAAAUUCCCGUCGAAACUGACGGCGGAGCAAAAGGCGGGGCUCGGGCAGCUGCUCGGAUGAGAAAUGAGAACCAGAAUCCUAAUCUCCUCCCGCCACGUGGCCAAUCUCCCCCCCCCUCCCCCCUCCCCCCUGUGGCUUGGCUCAAUCGUGUGUCGCGCUUGCCCGAAGGGCUAUGGUGGUCAGUUAGGAACUUACAGUUAGUGGGCGGUUAUAGGGCGAUUAGAGGAUUAGGGAGUUACCCUAGGACUGCAAUGGUUGCAGCGAUGGUUGCAGCGAGCAACCGAGCAACCGUCCUCGUGGUGUUGUUCACACGUCUGUGCCUGCUCCUCUUGCUCUAGAGGCCGUGCAGUGGCUUGCUUGCUUGCUUGUAAGGUAUUUUCACGCUCACCCAUUGAAGAUACUUCCGCCAGUAGUUGGCUUGCGCUCUCAUUGUGUGUUUAUUGAGCGCAUGAGUCUACCGUGAGAGCUAAC